GCCAUGGCCCAAACUCUCCCCAUUCUCACCAUUCUUCUACUUUCACUUCUUCUACAAACACAAUCCCAUAAAUUUUCAUCAAAAUUGUCACCAAAAUCAUUUGGUUUCAAGAAAGAGAAGCUAAGCCACCUUCACUUCUACUUCCACGACAUAGUUGGCGGCGACCACCCCACUGCCGUCCGGGUGGCGGCUGCCGCCACAACCAACACCUCCCAGACCGGAUUUGGGGCCACGGUCAUGAUCGACGAUCCUUUGACCGUGGGUCCUGAACGGACUUCCAAGAUCGUGGGAAGAGCUCAAGGGAUAUAUGCAUCUGCAUGUUUGACUGAAACUCGGUUGCUGAUGGCUUUGAAUUAUGUUUUCGUGGAGGGAAAGUAUAAUGGUAGCACUUUGAGUAUACUGGGGACGAAUUCGGUGAUGUCACCAGUGAGAGAGAUGCCAAUAGUUGGCGGGAGCGGGCUUUUCCGAUUUGCACGUGGAUAUGCCCUUGCAAAGACUGUGUUCUUUAAUAUCAGCAAUGGUGAUGCGGUUGUUGAGUACAACGUUUAUGUACUACACUAUUGAUCGUCAUGUUUCAUGUUGAGGGACGGUAAAAGAAUCCAAAAGUUUUUAUUAUCAGUAUUUAUCCAAUUGUAUUGUAAACUGAACACGAGAGAGAGAGAGAGAAAAUCUGUUUUAUUCUCAUAUUAUAUAUUCCACUUGGAUGUGCGGAUGAAAUUUAUACAGAUUU